AUGGAGGAUGUUCUGUCCGACUACGGGACGCAAUGGAUUCGCAACAUCCAGCUCAUUAAACAAGAUUUGGAGCCUUUGCUGCCAACACGAACACAGAAGAUCACCAGAACAACAAUCAACGCAUACACAGCUUUCCUCCAGGAUCAGUCCUUCCUCGAGAAGGAUUUCUGUUUCUUCUCCUCGGUAAUCCCCGCAAUCGUCACAAGCACAGCCUCUGAGGAUGCUAAGGGAAGGUCAAUUGAGGGCCAUUUAAUCGCAGCGGGCGGGCGAGAUACAAUCCGCAAUCGACCUCGCUGGGCGAUACCUCUGUGCGGUGGUGAACCAGCACACUGGGUACUCAGCUGGGUAGACUUCUCGACGUCGCGCUACGGUCUUUACAAUAGCAUGCCUCAAAUACGGUCGAGAGCAUGGGCAGAACCACUUUUCAUUCUCACAUGUGAAUACGUCCUACGCUACGUUGAUACACCUCGCCCAAACUGGCGUGGUGAAGGGUGGAAAUUCGUUGAGAUUGCGCCACUGCCACUGCGGCAGCAAGUUGAUACAUGGUCUUGUGGCCUGUUCGUCUUGCUUGCUAUACAGGAAUUUGCGUCGCCAGGAUCUGAUGUGUAUGCCGAGGGAAGGGAGGUCAUAGAGGUCGUCAAACAGGCUGUGAUGAAGGAGCUGCUUUCAUUGCCUGUGUUUCAGUACCAAAAACGUCGUCAUGCUGAGCUGCUCGACGCUACCUCUGAUUCCCUCACUCCACAAGAGCCAGGCACCGAGCGUGAUACAGUUUCACCAGAUCCAAAACAGCGCAAGGCUACCAAUGUGCGCCGCAUCACUAGCUUCCUUGGAACUGGAUCUGGAGACCACAACUCGACACCGUCGCCAAGCUCAACGUCGGAGACAGGCCCCCGGGUCACGGUUGAGCUGAAAUGUAAGACGGUUGCAGCGACACAAUCAAUUGCCCACUUCUUUGCUGCAUCGAAGGCACAGUCUUCACGUGCCGGGUCUUCCGAAUCAUCCAGUACUGUCGCAAAUGGGCCCGUCGAUCACGCAUCACCGCCGCCCUCUGAGCCCCACGAUGUCCCAUGUCAGCACCUGAAAGGACCACAGUACACCUACUACAUCGAGACGACACAGACAAGAUCGCUCGGAGGUGUCAGCAUAGAACGCCACGCGAUCGAGGCACGGAAGCUGUUCCCAUACAAGAAGCUGCCUGCCAUGAAAGGAGCCCCUGCCCCGAGUCUCAUCAAAAUAGAGAUCCCGCCAGACGGCAAUGCAGAGAUCUCAGAGCCGAAGUGGACAUCUGCCGAACACCGCCAACUAGAUGAUGUUCUGCAGUCAUUCGCGCGAUGGAUUGUUGAUUUUGGCGCACAUGCAAUCCGCGCAACUCAAUGCCAACUGCAUACAACGAACCAAUCGGGAGUCUGUGACGCCUGUGAGCAGUUGCGGCACGAUACUGGUCUUCAACAAUCUCUGCAGCGUAGCUCGUUGAUGCAGAAAGAACAUGAACGGAAGCUGCCCGAGGACAUUCAUCAGGACCCGCUCUUGUACGCGCUAUGGACGCGCAUGAAGGAUAAUGAUCUGUUCCGCUGCUACCUCGAGCUGUAUCAGUAUGCAAGGGCAGGUAAGCUCAUCAAACACGAGAUGAACGAGAGCAUUUGCAAGGUCUUGAGCGACAAAGUGCGUCGAGAGGACUCGGAAAAUCCAAAGCUCAAGCAUGGAAUACGCUACACUGAGCCGUACCUGCAAUUCAGUUUCAUGAUGCGCGGCCGUGGGCAGUUCUCGGCGCAGAACUACGUGAUUCUCGGUGAACACAUACCCCUGCCUAAUCCGCGCACAAUUCGGGCUCUUGUGUCGAAAUCAGACGACUGUUUACAAAACCCCGAUCUUCAUUACGAGAACAUUUCCCUGUCUGGCGACUGUACGAAGGUGCGCCAACGCGUGACCUACUCCUCAGACUUCGGAGGGCAUAUUCUUGGCUCGACUCUGGCACUGGAUGACUGCAUAGUGAAAGAAGCCGCAGAUAUUGAUCGCGUUAUGGAGUGUAUUUGUGACGAGCAGGCCUAUGCGAAACAGACACGGGCCAUCCUGAUCAAGGUUCCCCAACCUCAAAUACCACCAUUUAUCAUCGCACUUCUACCGACAACUGGAAAAGAUGACACCAAACUUAUCCAUGGAUAUCACUGCAGAAUCCUAGAGAUGGCAGCUCAGGUAUCCCUUCCAAUCAUUACAUUCGCCGCUGAUGGAGCUGCGUCCGAGCUGAAUGCCCAAGUCAUGAUGGACAAUAAAGUGUCUUCCCUCCCUCCUGUGAUGUAUCAAUAUCCAGCAUUUGGAAUCAUGCUCAAGGCCCCUGUGUUCAAGGUAACUGGCCCUGUGGUCUCAGUCUCGGAUCCUGAACACGCGAGGAAGACCGCCAGGAAUCAGCUGCAACACGGGACACAUAUGGCUAGCUUGGGGCGAGGCUACUUGGUGUACCGUACUCUCAUCGCGCUUAAUGAGGUCCCUAACUCGGGCCUGGUGUUGAGUGACGUGCAGAACGUCGACAAACAAGACGACAGUGCGGCACAUCGAUUGUUCCACACAGAGGCCCUCAAGGCCACAACAUACAAGGGUGAAGAUGCGCAAACAAACAUUGAGGAAGACUUUCUCGGCCUACAUGUGUUCCUUUCAGUUUUCGGUCUGCUAUUUGACUCAUGGCUCAAUCGACGGAUGACUGCGCGCGAUCGUGUUCUGUCUGCCCUGCGAGCUAGAUUCUUCCUGCACAUCUGGUGGACCCAUAUUAAGUCGCUCUCCACAUUCUACCCCGAUCUGUACUCCACACAACGGUCAUUCAUAUCCGCGGCUAGCUUCAAGAUCCUGAACCGGCUCUGCGACACCCUCGUUCUUCUGGUUCUCAUCUAUGCCGAGUACUACCCAAAUGAAGCCUUUUGCCCUUGGCUCCUAGGGACCAACCUUCUCGAGCAUUUCUUCGGGACGGCACGAUCUCUGGUCCCCAAUUUCAGCUAUCCCGAGCUGCUCAAGCUAGUCAAACUCGCACGGAAGAGCACCGGUGCAACAAAGGAAUGUACUGCUCGUUCUGGGUAUAUCCUUGACUACGACGACUCUCCUCUCACGGCAGACGAACUUGUGCGAGCCCGUGUUAAGCUUACUAGACCAGACCUUAAAAAGCUCGUUGAGCUUGCGGCCAGCGAGGCUAAGGCCAUUUCCUCGAAGAUCCUGCGAAUGCGCGUGCCACGCAGCCCUUGGGAACUCGCGCCUAUCAAUGCUCCGACCUCUCGAAAGAAGAACAGAUCAACGAAGGAUGAUACCGAUGACAUCGACACUACCGACAGCGACUCGGACCUUUCAGACGAGGACUUCGAUGAGUCGUCUGAUGACGACUCCAAUGCCGGUGAAGAUAACUCGGACACCCUCCAGGAUGGGUCAAUUUCCGAGCGCACAGAAAUUGCCGCUGCUGAAGUUGGACGCCUUGUGGCGCUAUCUGAAGACCUCGAAGCGACAAGGGAGGAGAUCGAGAGUCUUCAAGUUCCCUCUGGAGCACGGCUGAAUCAACCACUCGGUGCUGCCAGUGCCAAGGACGUCAAACCCUUGACAAAGACAGGCACCAUGCACCGCCUGAACGCCAGACACGACCCAAAAGAUGAACAAUCAGAAACUGGCACAGCAGGCCCUAUCCUGCAAAGCGAGUUCGUCGGAAGUACUACGGGCGAUGUCUCCAUUGCGUCAUUACUCGCUCUCCGCACCCGACAUCAAGAAGGGACCAAAGUUCGUUCUCAACGCAUUGUCCAGAUUGACUCGAAGUUUCACGCUCGGGAAAAGACCAAUGCAACUCAUGAGCCAAGUACAUGGGAUGGCGCGACUCCAGCAGUGAGUCAGAUGGCCGGUACUCUCUCGGGCGCGCGUGCGGCAAAGGAAUCCGUAGUACUGGACAGUGAAUGGGCCCUUAAGAAGUACAAUGACUCGGAGAUGGCAGAGACCACCAAGACGGUUGUCAAAACAUUGCCCUCGUCGACGUCAAAAGGAAUGAGUACUAGUAAGAAGGCCAUUGGUGUGACUAUGAAAGAGGCAACACAUCGAGUGCGUGUUCUUCAGCAGCUACAAGGUGCAACACCUCGAGCUAUCUCCACACGCACUAUGUGCUGGACCGAAGUUCUCAAGGGGGUAUCGUGCAAGGUGCCCUUGACAGUCGUACCGAAUGUCCUCGGCCGGAAUAUUAGCACUGCAAAUCCUUUGCAGAUCGGCUCUACUGUCCUAAUGAAGAACAAAAGUGGUCGAAUCUAUGUUGGCGAUGUGCUAGACAUACUGAAGAAAGUUAGCAAUUGUUACGCCUCAGUUACCGAGUCUACCGAUGGCAAAGGUGUCACCAAUCUCUCGCUCACUGUUUAUCUCGAGUGUAAUGCGAGUGAAAUUGAGCCUGAUGAUGAUGAUGACUACUACGAAGACGAAGAUGCUGAUCAACCGUCGCCUCCCCCUGUGUUCUUGUGCAAAGACCAACGGUGCGGUCAAGAGGGCUAUUUGCACACUCAUGCUCGCAUGCAGGACCUUGUCUAUCACUUUGGACUCAUCCGGAGCAUCUUGAAGGACGGCGACUCGGGGAAGUCGGCGCCAGCAAAGAAGUAA